GGGGAUAAAGUACAGAGGCUGCGAUCCUGCCACUGUGGGACGAGAAGGAAAACUAUUGAGACUUAAGAGUGUUGGCUGCCCCUUUGGGGAGAGGUGCUGUUGGCAAGACUUUCCCCCACGCCAUCCCUGUCCAUAGCGAGGACAGGAGAGGUGCCACUCGUGGGAACCCAAAGGAAAGGACAUCAUGCCACAGAAUGUCAUUCUCCCAGGCCCUGCGCCCUGGGGAUUCAGGCUGUCAGGAGGGAUAGAUUUUAACCAACCUUUAAUCAUCACCAGGAUUACCCCAGGAAGCAAGGCUGCAGCUGCCAACCUGUGUCCUGGCGAUAUCAUUCUGGCCAUCGAUGGCUUUGGAACAGAGACUAUGACUCAUGCUGACGCCCAGGACAGAAUUAAGGCUGCGGGCCAUCAGCUGUGCCUCAAAAUCGACAGGGCAGAAACUCGCUUAUGGUCUCCACAAGUUUCAGAAGAUGGGAAAGCACAUCCUUUCAAAAUCAAUUUAGAAUCUGAACCCCAGGAUGUGAACUACUUUGAACACAAGCACAAUAUUCGGCCCAAACCUUUCAUACUCCCAGGCCGAAGCAGUGGAUGCAGCACUCCCUCCGGCAUUGAUUGUGGCAGCGGACGUAGCACCCCUUCAUCUGUCAGUACGGUUAGCACUAUUUGCCCAGGUGACUUGAAAGUUGCUGCCAAGAUGGCCCCUAACAUUCCCUUGGAAAUGGAACUUCCUGGUGUGAAGAUUGUUCAUGCUCAGUUUAAUACACCCAUGCAGUUGUACUCAGAUGACAAUAUUAUGGAAACCCUGCAGGGUCAGGUUUCUACAGCCCUGGGGGAAACACCCCCAAUGAGUGAAUCAACAGCCUCUGUGCCUCCCCAGUCAGAUGUAUACAGGAUGCUUCAGGACAACAAUCGGGAUGGACCUAGUCAGCCUCGCCAAUCAGGCUCUUUUAGAGUGCUCCAGGAUUUAGUGGAUGACCCUGAUGAUCGUCCUGCUGGGACAAGGAGUGUAAGAGCCCCCGUCACAAAAGCUUAUGCUGGCACUGGGAGUGGACAAAAGAUGCCACUGUGUGACAAAUGUGGAAGUGGCAUUGUUGGGGCUGUUGUGAAGGCACGUGAUAAGUACAGGCAUCCGGAGUGCUUCGUGUGUGCCGACUGUAACCUUAACCUUAAACAGAAAGGUUACUUCUUUGUGGAAGGACAACUGUACUGUGAAACCCAUGCGAGAGCCCGCACGAUGCCGCCAGAAGGAUAUGAUGCGAUCACUAUUUAUCCAAAAGCUUAACUUGUCUUAUGUGAACACUUAGGGGGCGCACACACACACUCACCCACACGCAUGCAUUGCACAGAAAGACAUUAACAGCUUUGGACAGUCAUAUAGAGAACUGUCUAUUCUAUAAGUCAGAAAUAAUGGAUUUUGAAAGUUGAUUUUUCAUUACCCAUUGAGGGAGUGGGCAAAGGAAACAAAUGUCUGCUGGGGAAGGAGGUGGGGAGGAAAUGCAUAUAUUUAGAUACAUUUUGCAAAUAUGUUAUCUUUGAGGCUAACAAAGUAACUUGAUGACACUUAAAGCAAUAAUAUUUUAUAUGAUCUGCAAACCUCUUUUAAAUUGUUUUAGAAUAAUACCACAUGUUAAAAUAUACUCAAGAUAACAUUUGUGUUCAAAUUUGGUUUCCUUAAAAAGACUAUUGCCAAUCUAUUACAUAUAAAAUAAUAAUCUUGACUUAUAAUAUUCUCUAAA